CUCUUGACAAUCGAUUCUUUUAUUCAAAAAGGUGUUCAGUUUGUGAUAGGACUUCUGGAGUGAUAUUUGCAGAUAGCGCCUUCCCUGUGAGGGAAUUGGAGCGGGAUGGCGCUGAUCAACGAAGGACCCUUGUCCAAAUGGACCAAUGUCAUGAAGGGCUGGCAGUAUCGCUGGUUUGUCCUGGAUGCAAAUCAAGGAUUACUCUCCUAUUACACAUCAAAAUCAAAGAUGGCCAGAGGAUCUCGACGUGGUUGCAUGCAACUGUCCAAUGCUAUUGUUGGUAUCAAUGACCAGGAUGACAGCACGUUCACGCUGAGCACUGCUGACAACAAGACGUACCACUUUGAAGCUCGCGACUCAGAUGAGCGUGACCGUUGGCUCCAGUCACUUCAAGCUGUUAUCAACAGGCCAACAUCGGCUACGGGAGUAGCGAGCAGUGUUUCUGUCGUCUCGGAAAACUCAGCAGCGCCUUGGCAAGAGAAGUUGGAGUCUGAGUUCUGCGAGGCGGAGGGUUAUCACCGACUGCUGGAUCAGCAGGUUGUCAAGCUGGAGAUGCAGGUGACCGGCACAAACACGGCUACGGAAUCCGCCGAGUGUAAGGGCGUGCUGGACACAUCGCGCGCACUCGUCGACACUAUCCGACAGUGCCUGGAUAUGAUGCAGGAAGUCAAGACACAGCUCAAGAGCCUGGAAUUCGGCAAUGGGGUGAACGCGGCCAACUAUCCUCCAGUUGCGCCUGUCGUUCCUGGUACAGAGGAUGCAAACAUUCUGGUGUGCCGCCCAGCGACAGCAGUGGAGAGUUCAAGUACUAUCGUUGCUGACGUUGCCACUAUUCCAACUGCUGGCGAAGAGGUACCAGUUGCAGCUGCGCAAGCUCCAGAUUCACCUGAGUCUGGCAGGGCAGCUGAUAGCCAGGAGCAAACACUAGAUGAUGAUAGUGAGAGCGACAGUGACGAUGAGUUCUUUGACGCUGAGGAUAUGUCCGAUGAAGAGCCUGAGAGCAAACCCGAAGCGCCAGCGGCUGCAGCGGAGGAACAGCCUUUACAGGGCAGCUUCAGCAGUCCAGACGUAUACAUUGCUGGCGGUGGUAUUCGGCUGCUGCCAGAUGUCAUUCGGACGGAGAAAGAUAAUCUUGAGGCUGGCAUGGAAUCUAACAAGAGCAUCAUCACGCAUUUGCUCUCGCAGGUUCGCAUUGGAAUGGACCUGACCAAGGUCGUGCUCCCAACGUUCAUCCUGGAGAAGCGAUCCAUGUUGGAGAUGUAUGCAGAUUUCUUCGCACAUGCCGACCUCUUUGCCAGCAUUCCGGAUUAUGAAGAUGCUCAGAAGAGAUUUGUGGAAACCGUCCGCUGGUAUGUGUCGGCCUUCCAUGCUGGAAGACAGAGCUCCCUUGUGAAGAAGCCGUAUAAUCCCAUCCUCGGAGAGACCUUUCAGUGCAUGUGGGACGUCAGCGGCAGGACCGAGCCGUGCGCUAACGAUGUACCACCGUCCAUUGUCAGCACUGGGCCAGUACCAUGGGCAACAGACAAUACCGUAGGAUUCAUUGCCGAGCAAGUGUCCCACCAUCCACCAGUGGCUGCAUUCUAUGCUGAGCUGGCAUCCAAGAAGGUUUCUGUCACGGGCCAUAUCUGGACCAAGUCCAAGUUUCUUGGUUUGGCAGUGUGUGCGCAAAUGGUGGGAGAAGCUCAUCUGCGUCUCCAUCGACUAGACGAAGAGUAUAUUAUCACGUUUCCAUCUGCCUAUGCCAGGUCUAUCUUGACAACGCCAUGGAUGGAGAUGGGUGGACGCUGUACUAUUGAAUGCCCUACCACAGGAUACUCUGCUGCUAUUGAUUUCCACUGCAAGCCAUUCUAUGGUGGCAAGCGAGACCGACUGACUGCUGAACUGAGCCAUGUAUCGAACAAGAAGCCUUUCAUGACACUGGAAGGUCUCUGGAAUGCCACUAUUGACUACAAGACACCAUCAGGAGAGUCUGGUGUGUUUGUGGACACGAAGAGGAUGGACAUCAUCAAGAAGCUAGUUAGACCGUUGGAAGACCAGGAUGAGUUCGAGUCCAGACGGUUGUGGGAUAAUGUCACGCAGAAUCUCCUCACAGAUAAUAUUGAAGCAGCUACAGAGUUCAAGGCUAAGCUGGAGGAGAGGCAGCGCCGGGAAGCCAAGGAGAGGAAAGAACAAGGCGUGGAGUGGGUUCACAAAUUGUUCCAUUCCAUCGGUAACGGUGCGUAUGACUACAACACACCGGUCGACCAACGGCUCAGUGAAAACCCGUAGCCGACUUGUACCUUGUAGCGGCAAUUUGCAAGUUGGGGCGGGUUUGCUUCUUUAUUUUUUUAUUUUUUAUGGUGGGUGUCUUCGGCACUCGCUGCAAUCUACAAGCCUUGUGGCAGCCUCCUCCUCACCGGCAUUUCUCCAAGAGUUUCUCUUUCCCUUUGUACAUGCUCAUGACAGCUUCAUCGAUGUCCAGACACUGUAUGGUCAUGUCGUACCUAACUAGUUAUAGGAUUCUCCAAGUUUUAUCUACAUAGCAUAUGAGUAUGAACAGUUGGCCGGCCAAUACCAUAAAACCUUUCUUAAACCGCUGGCCUCUGCUAGCAGAUCACCCAUAUUUUUUAUUCUUACUAAUAAUAAUUGCGCCUCCACGGGUGGUGUGUGUUGGCGAAUGUCCCAUCAUGUAACUCAUGAGCGCUGCCCUUCUGCCAUGGCCCAUUGUGCAACGGAGAGAGGAUACUGCUGUCGGUUCCUUUCCAGUGAUCUGCAACUUUGCCUGCGCCCGAAAAAGUGGCGCAUCCACAGCUGUAUGUGUGUGUGUGUGUGUGUGUGUGUGUGUGUGUGUGUGUGUGUGUGUGUGUGCGUGCUUGCGUGUGUGUGUUUUUAUUAGUUUUAGGCUCAGUGUGUACAUUGUAUUAGCGUGAGAUUUUCCGUGUAAUGUUUGUGUCGUGUUUUGUGCCCCGUGCGCAACCUACCGACCUUCAUAUUUACCUGCUUGGACAAUGGCUCGAACCCUGUGAGCUUUCCUUGCUCUGUAUCUCAUUCUUAUUUUCCCUCUUUUUUUUAUCCGGUCUGCACGGCCCGUUCCUAAACUGAAGCAUCAAUUUCUUAGUCGCACUGCUCUUUUCAAUUUACCUGCUAGUGAGCGCAAUUGCCUGGUAGAACUCUGUAUAGUGUUACUGUGUAUAUUUUUUUAACUUCUUUCUUUACAUUCAGCAGCUGCACUUCGAACGUGCUGCAUUUUCUGCCGUCCAGGCUGGCGGCUGCGCUCCCCAACUAACUUGCCGCCUAAUUUCUGAUUUCACGGUAACCGUUCGGCUUUCUGUCUUCAUGUUAUCGAGGAGCUCGGCUGACCAAGCACAGUUGAAUCAUAUUCUGUUGGAGAUGUUAUUAGAUUUUACAUUGACAUGAAAUUCUGUCUCUCUCACCUAGGCCUUUUUUGUAUUCAUUAUUGUGAACAGACUAGGGUGAACCAUCUGUUCUCAUGAUGUACUUGAAGGCUGAAGCAUAUGUUUUCUUGUGUGUACAGUAACACCGUGUGCUUUUUUAA